UAAAAAGAUAUCAUUAUAUAAACUUGCAAUCUGUUCUACAUAUUUGUGAAAUUCUCCAGAUAUUCCUCUUUUGCCGAAAUAACUUAUUAUACAUGACCACAAGAUAAAUGUGACAAAUUACCUUGUUUUGACAGAAAAUCAGUUGUGACACAAUGAACAUAUGAACGAAUAAUUAUUUAUACGCAUUAAAUAUCACAAUAAGUACAGUAUUCGGAGCAUUUCCAUACUCCCACAAUUACAUUACAUGUGAUAUGCAUUACAUUCAAUAAUAACACUGCAGUUUUAGGAAAAAAUUAGUCGUUUGUAUCAUUAGGUCUGUUUGUUUUCGAUGAACUUUGCACUAAUGCAAUAAAUUAGAAACAAGUAUACUUUCACUCUAACUUAUUGCAAUAGUCUGCACUUUGUGAAUCACCCUGGCAAAAAUAAAAAUUGGAGAGUAAAUAAAGUGUAAAUGAAGAGUGGCGGAAGUGUAAGUGAAACAAAGCGUAAAUUGAAACAUCGGAACGUAAAGCAAGCGUACUCGCUUUCAAUUUACGCUUGUAAGCUUCACUUACACUUCCGUCAUUCUUCGUUUACACUUUAUUUACUCUUUGAUUUUUAUUUUCGCCAGGGUAAUAAUUCAUCAUUUUGUCAUUUACAAUCGUGUCAUCAUCGUCAACGCGGAGUUCUCCUUUCUUUCUUCCUUUUUUCUUUCAAUAAUAAAUUUUCUUUUUUCUAAUUUUUUCUUUCUUUAAAUAAAUGACUCCAGCUAUAGCAGCCCCAACGUCAUCUUCAACGCGGAGUUUUCGGCUGACUGAUUACGAGCUUGAAGCACCGUCUACAAUGGCUGCGUUCAGAAAACAUAGCUGAUCAGUAAAGCGUGACCUGAAUUGUGGAGAAAGUCAUAUGGUGAAAUUCGUGUUACCUUGUACCUAUACAUUCAGUGUGCCGGCAAAUAUUACGGGAAAAACAGAGAAAUGGAAAUGAACUUCAUACGCUACCUUUUCAUUUUUAAUACAGUUUUUAUAACAAUAGGAGGAUUGCUAAUUAAUUAUAUAGAACCCUAUUUGCCUAUAUCGUUAAGGCGCAUUUUUCGCUACGGUAAAUACAAUGCGAAUAUUCGUCAUGUCGUAAUGGAGACGUUAGAAGUGCCUAAAAGUUGGUUUAGACACUUUUACAUGUUUGCUGCACCAGCAUCGACAGUUACACUUUGCUUAAUAUUUUAUAAAUAUUUUUAUAAUUGGAAAGUACCCGAAAUUGUAUUAACAUUAUUAGAUAUAUCAUUUGGAGCGUCUAGAAAACCUUUAGUACCAGCAGAAAAUGUAAUUAUAGCUAUUGUUUUAUUCAACGUACAGUGUUGGAAGAGACUGUAUGAAACAACCUCUGUUAGUAUAUUUGGUAACAAUAAAAUUAAUGUGUCCCUAUAUUUGAUUGGAUAUAUACAUUAUGCAGGAGCACUUUUAUGUUUCAUAGGCGAAUCUGAGGGAUUUGUUAGAGGUUCUCUUUACAUAAAUAGGCCCUGGAAUAAAUUGACAAUUACAAUACUUGUUUGUGCAUUGAUAUUUUUAUGGUCCACGUAUAUGCAGCUUCACACUAACUUUAUUCUUGCAAGACUACGUAAGAAUAGAGACGGCGUCGUUGUGUCCUACAGUUAUAAUGUACCAUUUCACGGAUUAUUUGAAUAUGUAUCAAGUCCAUUGCAAUUUACAGAGAUACUAAUGUAUUUUAUGUUAUCUCUAAUUCUCUGGCAAGCUUCUACUUAUCACUACGUUACUUUUUGGGUUAUGGCGAAUCAGGCUGAGUGUGCAUAUUUGAAUCAUCAGUGGUAUCGUAAUACUUUUAAAGAUUAUCCCAAGAAGAGAAAAAUUUUAAUUCCCUAUAUCUGGUAGGAUAACAGGGAUAGAUGCACUAAAUAACUAAAUUUAUUACAGUGAUUAGA